AUGGCCAACAGAACUACCGCUGGUGGAAUCGGAUUCGCCGUCAGACAAAAGGUUUGGUUUUGAAUUUUCGGAAAUUCAUAAUUUUUGUUAUUUUCAGCAAGACUCAAAAUUCAUUGAAGAAGAAGGAGCUUUGUUGUUGGAAUGGAUUAAGAAAUUAUCGGGAGAAAAUAUCAACACUGCUGGAAAUCGCGAUAACUUCUACAAUUUGCUCAAGGAUGGAUCAUUAUUGUGCAAGUAAGUGUUUCUUUAUGUUUUUUUUUUGAAACUAAAACAAAUUAUUUUUAUUUCAGACUUGCCAACGGAAUUGAAGCUGGUUCAGUGAAAAAGAUUCAAAAACCAAUCUCAACUUUUGCUUGCAUGGAAAAUAUCAACGCAUUUGUCGAAUUUGCAAAGAAACAAGGAGUUCCAAAUGAGGAAACAUUCCAAUCAGUUGAAUUGGUUGAAGGAAGAGAUUUAUUCUCAGUUUGUGUCACACUUUUGUCACUUGGUCGAAGACUUCAAAAGGCCGGAAAAACCAAUCCAUUCGCUUAA